UCACAAUGUCUUUACAUACUUCUUCAACGGUUCAAUCAAAACACACACUUUAAAUCAUCAAAAAAAGCAUUGCUAUUUUCUCUCUUUACCAUCAACAAUGGCAACUUCAUUUUCUUGUUUUUGUUCUGCUCCAGUUCAAUCAUCUGUUAAUCGGGUUAACCCCGAUUUGAACCGUCAAAAACCAACUUCCGGGUCAUCCUGGUGGACCCCACUCUUUGGAUGGUCCUCUGAACCGGACUAUAUCGAUUCCGGUUCCAGCAGUAGCGCUAUUAGAACCGGGCCGGUGAGGGAGAUUUCGGGUUUAAAAUCGGAUCCAGAAACGGGUCGUUGCAGAUCUAAGUUUCAGCCGGGAGGUUUCACGGAAGAUAAGGCGAAAGAGCUAAGGAGAAAGACGAUGCAGAGCUCUAAUUUUCAUGAUAUCAUGUACCAUUCUGCAAUCGCGUCUCGUCUUGCGUCGGAUGUUUCCGGUCGGUGACAUAAUCGCCGGCGAGUUAGGUGGUCGGAUUUGUUGGUCCUUUUUUUUUUGCUGCCAAAUCAAUCUGUCGACUUGAAAAGUUUGUCUUUUUCUUUAUCUUUUCUUUUUAGCUUUUAUGUAAUAAAUAAAGAUGUGAUGAUGAUUUCUAGGAUUUUCCAUGGAUCUGUUUGUCUUUGUAUUUCUUGCUUGAUGGAAGCCAACGUAUGAUGUAAUUCUUAUAUCCUAAAGAGGGCAAUGGGUUGUAGAUUACUAUUGCCAGAAAAAUUCCCAAUCUGUGGAUCAAAUCUUGAAUUAUUUUGCAUAUAUCCUGUAAAUUAUUUAAAUAUAUCUUUCAUUAUA